AUGGCCACGCGUGCUAAUCCACUAAAGAACAAUGCCUCUAAAUUCGCUUUCUUAACAAUGCAUCCUCCGCCUGGCUACGUUGCUGGAUUGGGUAGAGGUGCUUCUGGUUUCACUACUAGAUCAGAUAUUGGCCCUGCAAGAGAAGCUGGCUCUAUGGAAGAUCCCGCUUCAGAUUUACACUCAAAUGCAAAUUCAAAAGAAAUUGAACCCGAGCAAUUCCAGGAUCCUGAGAAUGAGACAGGUUUAUUUGCAGGCACAGUUUAUGACAGGGAUGAUGAGGAGGCUGAUAAGAUAUACGAUAUGAUCGACGAUAAAAUGGAUGAGAGGAGACGCGCAAAGAGGGAAGCCGCUGAGAAGAAAUCUCAGGAAGCUCAUUUAGCAGCUAACCCUAAAAUCCAAACUCAGUUCUCCGAUCUUAAACGCUCUUUGGCUCACGUUAGCGAGGAAGAAUGGGGCGCCCUCCCUGAAGCUGGUUCCCUUACCGGUAAACGUCGCAAGAACAACACUCGCAACGAUGGUAAAAGUUAUGUUGUUCCUGAUAGCGUUCUCGCUGGUGCAAGAGAGAAAAACGAAUUGAGCAGCUCAGUGGAUGAUGACGCUGGUGUUGCAACUCCCGCUUCCUCCGGAAAUACCACAGAUUUUCGUGAAAUUGGUCAAGCUAGAGAUAAAUCCUUGUCUUUGCGUCUCGAUCAAUUGAGUGGUGCGAGUGGGAGUGGCAGUGCGAGUACUAGCGCUGGUACCCCCAGUAGUACUCAAUCUAGCAAUGAUAGCUCCACCUUCACCCCUUCAACCUCAAACGCCACAGGGACAUCAACCUCGGUUGAUCCUAAAGGCUAUCUAUCCGGUUUGAACUCUGUUCAACUUAAAUCAGACGCCGAGAUUGGCGAUAUCAAAAAGGCAAGAGCUCUACUCGAGAGCGUCAUAAAAACCAACCCAAAGCACGCCCCAGGUUGGAUUGCUGCGGGUAGAGUUGAAGAAGUUGCCGGUAGACAAGCUGUAGCGAGAAAGGUCAUUGCAGCUGGCUGUGACAACUGUCCGAAAUCUGAAGAUGUUUGGUUGGAAGCUGCACGUCUUAAUAUACCACAAGACGCAAAAGUCAUCCUUGCCAACGCCAUCAGUCACCUACCACAGUCAGUAAAGAUAUGGCUUAAAGCAGUCGAUCUAGAGAACGAUCCUAAAUCUAAACGUAGAGUUUUGAGAAAGGCUAUUGAGUAUAUACCGAACAGUGUCAGGUUGUGGAAAGAAGCUGUAAAUAUGGAAGACGAUCCACAGGAUGCUCUCAUCUUACUAGCACGCGCAACUGAGUUGAUUCCAUCAUCAGUCGAGCUCUGGCUGGCGUUAGCUAGAUUAGAGACACCAGAAAACGCCAAGAAAAUUAUCAACAAAGCACGCAAAACUAUACCAACAUCACAUGAGAUAUGGAUAGCUGCUGCAAGACUACAAGAGCAAGUUGGAGCAUCGAGCAAUGAUAUUGAUAAGCUGGUGAACAACGGUGUUGGAUCUUUGAGAUCAUCAGGUGCUCUCUUAUCGCGUGAACAAUGGUUGAAAGAGGCUGAGAGAGUUGAGCAAGAAGGAUCUCCGCUCACAUGCGCAGCUAUCGUAAAGGCUACUAUUCAUCAUGAGAUUGAGGAUGAAGAUAAAUAUGCCGUUUGGAUGGACGAUGCUGAUUCGUUGGAGGAUAGAGGAUCGAUCGAGACUGCAAGAGCUGUCAUUGCAUUCGCACUCAAGGUCUUCCCUGAGCGCUCUAAGCUUUGGAGGCGAGCUGCUGAGCUAGAAAAGCAGCAUGGGAAUAGAAACACCCUCACAGAUAUACUCAAAACAGCUACACAAAAUUGUCCGAAGGCAGAAGUACUCUGGUUGAUGCUUGCGAAGGAACACUGGCUUGGUGGAGAUGUGGACUCUGCUCGACAAGUCCUAGGUGAUGCCUUCAACGCUAAUCCAUCCUCUGAAGCAGUCUGGCUAGCUGCUGUCAAGUUGGAAGCUGAAAAUAACGAAAUUAAGAAUGCGAGAAUGUUGCUCAAUAAAGCAAGACUACAAUCUUCCACUGAAAGGAUAUGGAUGAAGUCUGCAGUCUUUGAACGACAGCAUGGCAAUAGCAUCGAAGCAUUGAAAUGUGUAAAUGAGGCACUCACAAAGUUUCCCACGUUUGACAAACUCUACAUGAUCAAAGUUGGUUUACUCGAUGGUAAUGUUGACGGCGGUGGUGAUGAUAAUGGUAGUAGAAGCAACAACAAAGAGAUAAGAGACACAUUCGCAGCAGCGCUUAAGAAAUGUCCUCAAUCACCCACACUAUGGAUACUGUCUUCACGAUUCGAAGAAAAGAUGGGCGUUAUUAUCAGAUCGCGCGCACUGUUAGAGAAGGGUCGUCUCAUCAACAAAAACUGCGACAUACUAUGGGCAGAAGCUAUUAGAGUGGAGGAGAGAGCGAAUGCAGGAAAUCAAGCAAAAGGAUUACUCUCAAAGGCACUCCAAGAGUGCCAAACUUCCGGUCUAUUGUGGUCUAUUGCUAUUUGGAUGGAACCUCGACCAUCUCGAAAGACAAAAUCAGUUGAUGCGUUACGUAAAGUGACAGAUGAUCCAACUAUAAUUGUCACAGUCGCUCGUAUGCUUUGGAUGGAAGGUAAGAAAGACAAGGCUAGGUCGUGGUUGAGUAAAUCAUGUAAAGCUGAUCCAGACAAUGGUGAUCAUUGGGCAUGGUGGUAUAAGUUUGAGCUACAAGAUGGCACACAAGAAAAUGCACAGAAUGUACUGGAAUCUGCUAAGCAAGCUGAACCACAUCAUGGUGAAAUUUGGCAGUCCGUAAUUAAAGACGAUGCUAAUAUCGGUAAAGCGUAUAAUGUACUAAUUAAGCAAACGGCAAGCAAAUUAUCUUAA